AUGUUAAUCUGUACAACUGUGCUGUAAUGACAGACAAUAUAAACCUAACACAUGAAUAUGGGAGAAUAUGUAUUCCAUAUGGAAUUUAUAGUGACAUAAGUAUCUAUAUAAAGUUUUACAUUUUAGGAAAUCAGGUGUAAUAAAUUGCAGAGAUAUAUUUGUGAUUCUACAUUACAGGAAGUUAAAUAAUGUUCAAUACUUAUAGAUAACUGAUUUUUUCUUAUUCAAACAGACGUCAUUCUAAGUGUUUGGUGCAGCUGAUAAAAGCUUGUUUUUAUAUUUGUACUUAAGUAUGAUUAAAAUUUGAAAUCUUUGGUAUAGACUUUCAUCGUUAUUAAAGGGAAUGUUAAAAACAGAGAAUAUAAACAGACAAAAAUAUCAGCCUUAAGUGGACUAGCUUGAGAUGUAGUUUGACUUACACCAAUAUGGGUGUAAAUGGACACAGCAUAGGAAUGUGGAAUUGUUUCCGUGGUAUUCAUAAAAGGAAAGGAAAGAAGACUGCAUUAGAUCUCACUGCUCCGGCAAGUGAUGCAAUACUGAAAAACAGGAAAAACACAUGGAUACAGCUAGCAGGACAUCCAGGUGGUUUUGCUCCAGCAGGACCAAACACAAUAUGGAAGAAACGCUACACAAAAGAUAACAAUGAAACCCAAGCAUAUGAGACAUUGAUGGAAGAUACUGCACGUGAUAUCGUGCCAAUGUUCUAUAGGGAAGUAGAAUACAAUACAGAAUAUUUUAUAGAAAUAGAGGACUUGUUGCAGCACUUUACAGACCCCAGUAUAAUGGAUGUGAAAAUGGGUACAAGAACAUUCCUUGAAUCAGAAGUUUCAAACACAACAUUACGUAAAGAUUUAUAUGAUAAAAUGGUGGCACUAGAUUCCACAGCUCCAACAGCAGAGGAACAACAAAGGCAGAGCAUUACAAAAUUGCGGUAUAUGCAGUUUAGAGAAAGAGAAAGUUCUACAGCUGAGUUUGGGUUUCGAAUAGAAGCAUUAAGGAUGUCGGGAGAAACACCAUCAUCCAAUUUAAAACGGGUAAAAUCUAAAGAGCAAAUCCAUGGCAUACUAUCGAAGUUUAUAAACAACAGAAGAAUUGUUCAGCAAUCACUCGUACAUCGGUUAAAAGAAGUAAGACAACAUAUAGAGGACUCAGCAUUUUUUAUGACACAUGAGCUCAUUGGCUGUUCUAUAUUAGUAAUGCAUGAUAAGUUUGAGAAAUGUGGAGUGUGGAUCAUAGACUUUUCUAAGACUAAUCUCAUUGAAGAUGGAUGUGAAAUAACACAUAGAUUACCAUGGCAUCUUGGCAACCACGAAGAUGGCUUCUUAUUUGGAUUAGAUAACUUAAUGCAAUUUUUCUCAGAUAUAGAAAUAAAGGAAGAAUUAACAAAUACAAUGAAGCCUAGUCAAACUAUACCUGACAGCUGAUCUUAGAGACAAGCCAUGUGUAUAGUGUCUAGUUCUUAAGACUUCACACAGCAGCAGGGGAAAUGCAACAUUAGUUAGGGUACUGAAAUUGUUUGCUCACAGGGUUGUUUCAUUGAAUUGUUACUGCAUAGUCAUUUUAUAAUAAACAUUAAAGGGGCACAACUCCAGAUGCAUAUAACAGUAUCAAAGUCUUUAUGCCAUCUUCCAGUUAUGGUAAUCAAACAAUUGUCUUUGGGCAGUUGAUGACCCAAGGUAAUACAAGAUUACAGCAUACUUUAAACUGAAAAUUACACACCAAGUUUUCUCCCACAGGCCAUCUUUGGGGGGUGGGGGCAUAAUGUUUUAUGACAGUAUUGUAUCAGCUCUUGUAAUACUGUUGUAACACAUUGAAUAAGGAAGGACUUAUGAAAGUAUUGCAUUUAGCUCUUGUAACACUAUUGUAACACAUUGAAUAACAAAGGACUUAUGAAAGUAUUGCGUUUAGCUCUUGUAAUACUGUUGUAACACAUUGAAUAACAAAGGACUUAUGAAAGUAUUGCAUUUAGCUCUUGUAAUACUGUUGUAACACAUUGAAUAACAAAGGACUUAUGAAAGUAUUGCAUUUAGCUCUUGUAAUACUGUUGUAACACAUUGAAUAACAAAGGACUUAUGAAAGUAUUGCAUUUAGCUCUUGUAAUACUGUUGUAGCACAUUGAAUAACAAAGGACUUAUGACAGUAUUUUUGUUUGGCCAAUGAUAUACAAACUCGCUGAAUCUUGCUGGUUUUACUUUUUUGUUUCUAAUAAGUAAGAAAUAAAAGGGUUUAAAAAUGAAUGUAAUCUGGAGGGGAGCCCCUAUAAUUAAUGCAAGUAGAGCAAUCUUAUGCUAUGUUACUGCAUGUGAAAGAUCUUCCAAGAUCUUUGUUUGACUGUGCUGGAGGCCUAUAGUGAUUGUAUACAAGAUUCACAUCAUUCCUCUACAUUCUUGUUUCUGUGUCCAUUUGUUAAAUGAAUGAAACUUGGUAGCAUGUACUAAGUCUGGAUUAUUAUCUCUACCAAACAUGAUAUCUCUGACCCAUUUUGAAUGUGUUUUAUUAUUAAUGCCAACAUUUUAAUUAAAAGUAUCUUUCCAGAAACAAAGUAUAUGAGGGCUGUAUUGGAGUCAUGCAUGUAUGUUCGUCCAUCUGUAUCUGUAUCUGCCUAGAAUCUUCUUAACUACUGGGAAAAUGUUCAUAGAACUUCCGUUAGUCACAAACCUCAUAAAGACGAUGCAGAGAUUGCACAACGCAGGUCACUAGCUCCAAGGUCAAGGUUAUACUUUGAGGUUAAAGGUGAAAUAGCUUAAAUUCAUGUCUGCUCCAUAUUGUCAAAAUUAUGUGGAAAAUGAGAAAGAAAGUUUUAUAAAACUGGCAUCGGUUGUUUACCUCACCAAGGCGAUGCAGAGAAUGCAAAACCGAGCUCCCUAGAAGCAAGGUCAAGGUCUCAAUUGGAGGAUAAAGGUUAAAAAUUCUAACUUCAUGUCCGCACAAUAUCUUCUUAACCGCUUAGAAAUUUUUUUAUAAAACUAGCACCAAAAUAUACCGCAUCAAGAUGAGAAGUAGAGUGCACAACCCAGGUCACUUUUUCCAAGGUUGAGUUCACACUUUGAGGUCAAAGGUUAGAUAGCCUAACUUCCUGUCUACUCAGAACCUUCUUAAUGCCUGGAAGAUUCUCAUAAAAUUAAUGUCAGGUAUUUAUCUUAUCGAGGUGUGGUGCAGAGGGCACAACCCUGGUCACUAGGUCAAAGUUAAGGGCUCACUUGUCAGAAAUCAACUUAAAUUUGUGUCCUCUCUACAUCUUCAUAACCACUGGAAAGAUUUUCAUAAGACUAGCAUCUGUUGUAAACCUCAUCAAGACUACAAGUAAACAACCCAAGUCAUUAGGUCCAAGGUUGAUAUCAUACUUAGAGGUCAAAGGUCAAAUAGCUCAAAUUUUUGUCUGCUACAUAUCUUCUUAACCACUGGAAGGAUCUCCAUAAAACUAGCAUCGAUUGUUAACCGUAUCAAGACAAUAUGCAGAGUGCACUGCCCAGGUCAUUAGGUUCAAGGUUAAGGUCACAAUUGAAGGUCAAAAGUUCUGAUCACAAUAUUUUACUUUAGUUUUACCAAAGCGGCUUCAUGUACAGGGUUCCCACGCUACCGGGAAAACGGGAAAAAGUCGGGAAUUUCGAAAAAUCUUUUCCCGGUCGUGAAAAUGCCGGGAUUUUUACGAUAUCUGUUAAAAAUCGGGAAAAACUCGGGAAAAGUACGAACCAGUUUGAGUACGAAACUAGUUAUCAUAACGUGUUAAUAAAACGGACUGUUUUGCAAGCGUUUACUUGAUCAUGUAUAGUCACGAUGUCUGCACUAUUGCGCGGCAUUUGGCGUCAGUUCGUUGAUAAUAUGAAUUAAGGCACUGCCUAGUAAGGGUUUUUAUCUUUUUUAUAUCUACUUACGAAGGUUCUGAUAUAAUGUGUUGGUCAAUAAAAGUUAAUCAUAGCCAAAAAGUUGUAGCAGUGUGUCAAAAUUACCGUCACCUAAAAUAUAUAGAAUUCCUCUUUCUCGUAAUUCAGAGCCUUCUCAUUGAUCCGAGCCUUUGGAAAAUUUGCACUUGCAGCUAUUUCCUGUUUCUAAAUUUUAUGUAUGUUGUGGCAAAUCAUAUGACAGUUAAACAAAAAUAUGAAGAAAAUAGUAUUACUUGCAUUAAAAUAGAAAUAUACAGAAAAUUUUGGCAAAAAAUUUGCUUAUUUAAAAUCGCAGGGGUAAUAUAUAACUUUCUUACAGAAAACAGGAACCACUUAUUGUAAAACUUUUUUGUCCGCCAACACAAUAAUAUAUCUGUUCAUAAUUUUAAAAAAGAACUUUUUAAAAAAAAAGCCUUAUGUUUUCAUAGCUAGUACAAAUGAUCGUAAGUCUCGGUUCAACGAGAAAGAAUCUGGCUGUUUCAGAGGGUUAGGGUCAUCAUGUGAAAGCCUGGAUUAUUCAUUUACAACAAUCUUUAGAAUUUUUCUUCAUGGGGAUUUUUUAAGUUUAGAUGUUGGAAUAUCAAACUAUAGCAAAAACACUUUUGAAACUUAAAACUGUUACUGACCAGCACUGAAAUACCGGUUAAGGGGCUCGGAAUAACGAGAAAAGGGCAUACAGAUAAACUGUUUGUGUCUAGAAUUAUACAGCACAAAGUUUGAUCCUUUCUGAAGGAGGUUGAUGUCUAGUACUGGCUUACACCCAGGAACGAUGGUUAGGUAAGCAACCCAGUUGUUUAUGACUGAAUAUUUUUGAAAAGGAGCGUUAAACCUUGGAAGCCAGAAAUACAAACCAGUGUUUCAGUAUGCCUUUUACUACCAGAAUGCAAUUUUACAAACAUGCAUCAUGUAUAUAUAUUAUCCCAAAGAUGGGUAUGAAAUCAAUAGUAUACAAAUACUGUAAAACCUGCAGUGUUAAGCCUUGAAUAGCCUGGAAAAGGUUUGAAAAAUGUCUGGUUUUCCUCGACUGAAAUACCUGGAAUUUUGCUAGAAAACCUGGAAAAGGUCGGGAAAAAGUCUGGAAUUUUACCAGCAGAAAAUUGUGGGAACCCUGCAUGUACUAUUAAUCUCUUGGAAGGAUAGCUCUUGUUAAGCAAAUAAUAAGUCUUGAGCAAAGCAAGAAUUGUUUUUGCAGGUAGUAUGAUAAAUCAGUUUUUAGAGGUACUUUGGCUCGAGUAAUUUUGGCAUCACAUUUAUUUCACAUUUGGAAGUCCAAAGCCAUAUUAAUAAAUUUUGUGCAUUUUAAGAUAAGAUAAGAUAAGUUUUAUUUUAAGUCAGCAAGACAUAUAACAAUACAAAAUAAGCUCUGACUGAGCUUUUUAACCGACUACAAGAAUUUGUGCUUUUACCUUUGGAUACACUGCUUCUUAAUAUUUAAUGUUUUUGAAUGCAGCUCUGUGAAUUUGAAUGAAACUAAAUUGAAUAUUUCUGUGUCAACAGUAACAUGUGAGGUUGUUUAGAGCAUAGACUGGGUGUUCAGGAAUGAAGUGAAUCUUGUUUUGCUGUGUAAUACUCCUAGAAUGUGUCAUUCCAUGAUAUUAUUUGUGUUCAAAAUAGUAUAGUAUUCUGUUAUCUAUUUUUUCUUACUAAAUUAUUAAGGUGAUGCCAUAAGUGUCUGUCUUUCUAUUUUACUGUCUGUCUGUCCACACAUCUCAAGAUUUAAUUGAGGCACAAGAUGGGGUUUAUUGGCAAGAUAACACAUGUUUUUUUCAAAUGAUAACAUUUGCAGAAUUCUAAAAGAUUGGUUGGUGCACCAGCUGAAGUGAGUCUGUAGAUUUUAUACUAACCUAACAAGAAAGCUAAAUCGAAAGCAUACAUCCAUUUCCUUUAAGACUUCUAUUUAUUUCAUUUUAUGGAGCCUUUGUACCUUUACAUAUAAAAAUAAGAGUUAACAGCAUGUGAUCUUGAUGUUAAUGCAUUUUUACUCUCCUAUUGAUACACCCCUUGAAAAUGACAGAAGUUAUAUGCUAGAAUAGUUCUGACUACAGUUAUAAAGUUAACUUAGAUUAAAGAAACAUUGAUCUAUUACCUAUUUUGACUUCGAAAUAUUACUUACAGUAUAAAGAUAGAGAUGAAAGUGUUGCAAUAUUUAUGUUGCAAUGCUGGAAGGAGAAUUAAGGAAUAUAAUACACACUGACACAGAAAACAAUGCAACUUUGUGUAAAAUAUUUAGUGUACAAUGUAUUGAUUUCAUGUAUAUUGUUAUGCAUUUACUGUUUUUGUUUACACUGUGCUAUAUCUGCUGUUUAAAAUGUCAAUGGUCUUUUUCCUUGAUUCAUGUCUUAUACCAUGUUCCUUCAGGGUUACAAUGUGUUGAAGUAUUUGUCUUAAAUAGGUUUGUUAUGGAUAUAGUAGUUGUGGUGAAAACUAACUACAUAAUUACUGUGAAUACUACUGAGGCCCAUUAUCAGUUUUUAAACAAAAGAUGAUGAUGGUUACAUACUGAAAUGACAUAAAACUGUUUUCAGGCAAAGUGAGAAAAUGAAUUUUACACAUACUUUGUAGAAUAUUAGUCAAUUUAUUUUUGCAUUCGUUAGGAUAGAGAUAGAUAUCUAACAACAGACACGAAAACACACCCCUGGUAAUGGUCCUUUCAAGCUCACAAAACACACCCCUGGUAAUGGUCCUUUCAAGUUCACAAAAACACCCCUGGUAACAGUCCUUCCAAGUCCACAAAACACACCCCUGGUAACAGUCCUUCCAAGUUCACAAAACACACCCCUGGUAAUGGUCCUUUCACCCCUGUUAGUCUUUCCAGGUCCACAAAACACACCUCUGAUAGUCUUUCCAGGUCCACAAAACAGACCCUUGUAAUGGUCCUUCCAUGUACACAAAACACACCCUGGUAGUCCUUCGAGGUCCUUUCCAAGUUCACAAAACACACCUGUGGUAAUGGUCCUUUAAAGUUCACAAAACACACCCCUGGUAAUGGUCCUUUCAAGUUCACAAAAACACCCCUGGUAACAGUCCAUCCAAGUUCACAAAAACACCCCUGGUAACAGUCCUUCCAAGUUCACAAAACACACCCCUGGUAAUGGUCCUUUCACCCCUUUUAGUCUUUCCAGGUCCACAAAACACACUUCUGAUAGUCUUUCCAGGUCCAGAAAACACACCCUGGUAAUGGUCCUUCCAGGUACACAAAACACACCCCUAGUACCGGUCCUUCCAGGUCUGCAGAAAACAACAGUCCUUCCAAGUUCACAAAACACACCCCUGGUAACAAUCCUUCCAGCUCCACAAAACACACCCCAGUUUGUUUUUCCAGGUCUACAAAACACACCCCUGUUAGUCUUUCAAGGUCCACAAAACACACCCUGGUACCGGUUCUUCCAGAUCCACAAAACACACCCCUGGUAGUCCUCCCAGGUCCACAAAACACACCCGAGGUAACAGUCCUUCCAGCUCCACAAAACACACCCUGUACCGGUCCUUCCAGCUCCACAAAACACACACCUGGUAGUCUUUCCAGGUCCACAAAAGACACCCCUGAUAGUCUUCCCAGGUCCACAAAACACACCCUGGUAACGGUCCUUCCAGCUCCACAAAACAUACCUCUGGUUGUUUUUCCAGGUCCACUUAACACACCCCUGUUAUCACACUGAGAAUUAUAUUUUAGCAUACUUCAAGACCACAAAAACAAGUAAAGAUUUUAAAGCAUUAUAGUUUUAAAUUAAGAAUGGGCCAAAUUUAGAUGUUUUACAAUUAUUUAUUUUUAAGCAAUCUCUUAGCAUAUAUAUUAUAUUUGAUAUAUCUUAAUUAUUUUGAAUAAAUGGCAAUUUUUAUAAACUCCCCUGCCAAAUUCCAAAUUUUGUUAUGAUACUGGCUGACUAAUCUAAAAUGGUGAAAUGCAGUUUUGAAGAAGAAUUACAUAAAAUGGUUUGUAGCACCUUGUGUGAACCUGUCUCAUGUUUGUUCAAAUGGUUCAGCUUAGAGUUUAAAGUAAGAAAAUCUUGAAACAACAGCGUCUUAUCAACUGCUUGAUAUGUGUUGAAACAAAAUUUUAUCAGUUGCAAGGUAAGGUCUUCAGGUUAGUGACUUAAGUGCAUUUGAGCCUUUUGUUAUGAGGUUGUUUUGUUGUAUAAUAAGAAAUCAGGUAGAUUAAUGGUCGGCAUACUAAGCCUAGUCAGUAUACCUGUUCUCUUUAAACAUGUAUUUUUAGCUCACCAGAGCCAAAGGCUCAAGGUGAGCUUUUGUGACCGCUUGAUGUCCAUCGUGCGUCAUGUCGUGUGUCAACAAUUUGUAAAAACAUCUUCUUCAGAACCACUGGGCAGAUUUACACCAA